GCGGGAGGCAGGGUGCCAGCCCCGGGGCUGCGCCGGCGAAUCGGCGGGGCCCGCGGCCCGGGGUGGCAGGCGGGUCUACCCGCGCGGCCGCGGCGGCGGAGGAGCAGCUAGCCAGCCAGCAGCCCGCCAGCCGCCGGGAGCCCCCUCCAUCCCAUCGGAAGAGGAAGGAACAAAAGGUCCUGGACCCCCCGGAUCUGACGGGGCGGGACCUGGUGCCUCUGUGCAGCCAUUCAGAUUCCAAGCUGAAAGGGUAGCCAGCAGUAAAGGAAGGCUGUCUCAGUGUGGUAGCACCCUAUGCCUCCCCUUUCUUCGAAGUUGGUGUAGUUGUGAUGUAUUCAGGUUCGAUACAAGAGGCUGUUUUCCUAGCGUGGCUUGCUGCCUUUGGUAAGAACAUGUCGUCCAUCUUGCCAUUCACGCCGCCAGUUGUGAAGAGACUGCUGGGAUGGAAGAAGUCAGCUGGUGGGUCUGGAGGAGCAGGCGGAGGAGAGCAGAAUGGGCAGGAAGAAAAGUGGUGUGAGAAAGCAGUGAAAAGUCUGGUGAAGAAGCUGAAGAAAACAGGACGAUUAGAUGAGCUUGAGAAAGCCAUCACCACUCAAAACUGUAAUACUAAAUGUGUUACCAUACCAAGCACUUGCUCUGAAAUUUGGGGACUGAGUACACCAAAUACGAUAGAUCAGUGGGAUACAACAGGCCUUUACAGCUUCUCUGAACAAACCAGGUCUCUUGAUGGUCGUCUCCAGGUAUCCCAUCGAAAAGGAUUGCCACAUGUUAUAUAUUGCCGAUUAUGGCGCUGGCCUGAUCUUCACAGUCAUCAUGAACUCAAGGCAAUUGAAAACUGCGAAUAUGCUUUUAAUCUUAAAAAGGAUGAAGUAUGUGUAAACCCUUACCACUAUCAGAGAGUUGAGACACCAGUUUUGCCUCCAGUAUUAGUGCCCCGACAUACUGAGAUCCUAACAGAACUUCCGCCUCUGGAUGACUAUACUCACUCCAUUCCAGAAAACACUAACUUCCCGGCAGGAAUUGAGCCACAGAGUAAUUAUAUUCCAGAAACGCCGCCUCCUGGAUAUAUCAGUGAAGAUGGAGAAACAAGUGACCAACAGUUGAAUCAAAGUAUGGACACAGGCUCUCCAGCAGAACUAUCUCCUACUACUCUUUCCCCUGUUAAUCAUAGCUUGGAUUUACAGCCAGUUACUUACUCAGAACCUGCAUUUUGGUGUUCAAUAGCAUAUUAUGAAUUAAAUCAGAGGGUUGGAGAAACCUUCCAUGCAUCUCAGCCCUCGCUCACUGUAGAUGGCUUUACAGACCCAUCAAAUUCAGAGAGGUUCUGCUUAGGUUUACUCUCUAAUGUUAACCGAAAUGCCACAGUAGAAAUGACAAGAAGGCACAUAGGAAGAGGAGUGCGCUUGUAUUACAUAGGUGGGGAAGUUUUUGCCGAGUGCCUAAGUGAUAGUGCAAUCUUUGUGCAGAGCCCCAAUUGUAAUCAGAGAUAUGGCUGGCACCCUGCAACCGUGUGUAAAAUUCCACCAGGCUGUAAUCUGAAGAUCUUCAACAACCAGGAAUUUGCUGCUCUUCUGGCUCAGUCUGUUAAUCAGGGUUUUGAAGCCGUCUAUCAGCUAACUAGAAUGUGCACCAUAAGAAUGAGUUUUGUGAAAGGGUGGGGAGCAGAAUACCGAAGGCAGACGGUAACAAGUACUCCUUGCUGGAUUGAACUUCAUCUGAAUGGACCUCUGCAGUGGUUGGACAAAGUAUUAACUCAGAUGGGAUCCCCUUCAGUGCGUUGCUCAAGCAUGUCAUAAAGCUUCAUCACCAAUCAAUUUCCAUCAAAAGACUUAAUGUAACAACUCUUCUGUCAUAGUAUUGUGUGUGGUCUCCAUGGACUGUUUACUGUCCAAAAGUUCAAGAGAGAAAACAGCACUUGAGGUCUCAUCAAUUAAAGCACCUUGUGGAAUCUGUUUCCUAUAUUUGAAUAUUAGAUGGGAAAAUUAGUGUCUAGAAAUACUCUCCCAUAAAAGAGGAAGAGAAGAUUUUAAAGACUUAAUGAUGUCUUAUUGGGCAUAAAACUGAGUGUCCCAAAGGUUUAUUAAUAACAGUAGUAGUUAUGUGUACAGGUAAUGUAUCAUGAUCCAGUAUCACAGUAUUGUGCUGUUUAUAUACAUUUUUAGUUUGCAUAGAUGAGGUGUGUGUGUGCGCUGCUUCUUGAUCUAGGCAAACCUUUAUAAAGUUACAGUACCUAAUCUGUUAUUCCCACUUCUCUGUUAUUUUUGUGUGUCUUUUUUAAUAUAUAAUAUAUAUCAAGAUUUUCAAAUUAUUUAGAUGCAGAUUUUCCUUGUAGAAAAACUAAUUUUUCUGCCUUUUACCAAAAAUAAACUCUUGGGGGAAGAAAAGUGGAUUAACUUUUGAAAUCCUUAUCCUUAAUGUGUUCAGUGGGGCUUAAACAGUCAUUCUUUUUUUGUGUGUGUGUUUGUGUGUUUUUUUUUAACUGCUAAAUCUUAUUAUAAGGAAACCAUACUGAAAAUCUUUCCAAGCCUCUUUUCUCCAUUCCCAUUUUUGUCCUGAUAAUCAAAAUAGCAUAGCAUGACAUCUUCACCAGUAAUAGUUGCACUGAUACUGCUGGCACCAGUUAAUUCUGGGGUACAGUAAGAAUUCAUAUGGAGAAAGUUCCUUUGACACCCAAUUUUCGACAGGAAUAAUUGGCUUGUAUAACCUGGCAGUCUGUUGAUUUAACUUUCCACCUACAAAAAAAUACAUAGGUGGCAGUAUAAUUAUUUUCAGGGAUAUGCUAGAAUUACUUCCACGUAUUUUUCCCUUUUUAAAAAGCUAAUCUAUAAAUACCCUUUUUUCAAAAGGUAUUUUAAAAUAUUUCAACCGCAGACCUUCUGGUCUUCUAGUAGUUUCAUUUGAUUUAGUUACCAGAUUGUAUUAUGAAAUGAACCUUUUGUAGAUGUAAUUGUUUCUGCAAAAUACCUAGAAAAGUGAUGCUGAGGUACGAUCAGCAGAUAUGGGCCAUCUGUUUUUAAAGUAUGUUGUAUUCAAUUUGUAAAUUGAUUGUUACUCUACAUGUAAUUAUGAAUUCAGAAUUUUAAAAACUGGGGGGAAAAGCCAUUUCUUUAGCAAGUUCUUUAGCUUUUAAGUUACCUGCAGUCUGAGCUGUUCUUAACUGAUCCUCAGUUUGUGGUUGACCAUAUUUCAUACUCUGUAGUGAGAGGAGAUUUCCGAAACUCUGUUGGUAGUUCAUUCUGCAGCAAAUAAUUAUUAUGUCUAAUGUUGACUCAUUGCAGUUUAAACAUUUCUUCUUGUUUGCAUCUUAGUAGAAAUGGAAAAUAACCACUCCUGGUCAUCUUUUCAUAAAUUUUCAUAUUUUUGAAGCUAUCUUUGGUACUUGUUCUUUGAAAUCAUACUCAACCUGUCUCUACAGGUAUCAUUUUCGAUACUUUCAACAUUUGGUGGUUUUCUAUUGGAUACUCGCCAUUUUCCUGUAUUUGUGUGUAUAUGUAUGUGUUCAUGUAAAUUUGGUAUAGUAAUUUUUUAUUCGUUCAACAGAUAUUUAUUGUUCGCAUGUUUGUACCAGGAACUUUCUUAGUCUUUGGGUAAAGGUGAACAAGACAGCUACAGUUCCUGCCUUUGCUGAGACAGCAAUUACACUAAUCCUUAAUCAUCUUGUCUUUGAAGGAGAUAAACAGGGUACUGUACUGGAGAAUAACAGAUGGAUGCUUCAGGUAGGACAUCAAGGAAAGCCUCUCAGGAAAUGAUGCAUGAGCUAAUACCUGACAUUGAAGAAGCAAGCCAAGUGAUGAGCCAGGGAAGAUAAGCAUUCCUGGCAAAGAGAAUAGCAUCAAAUGCAAAAAGGCUCACACUAAAGGAAACUCAUGAUUAGAUAUUAAUGCUUUAUACAGAAAACUCUCUACAAAUCCAAACUUGAAGAUCAGAAUGGUUCUACAGUUUAUAAUAUUUUGAAGGUAGCCUUAUUUUGUGAUAGUCUGCUUCAUGUUAUUCUCACUAAUAUAUCUUCUUCCUCAACCUUUUGCUGUAAAAAUUUCAUUUGCACCACAUCAGUACUACUUAACAAGAGCUGCUUGCUUCCAGACUUCGUGCUGCCCAGUAAUUAUGUCUUCUACUACCCAUCUUGUGAGCAGAGUAAAUGUCCUAGGUAUUACCACUGUCAGGCCUGUGGGAGAUACUCAGUGGAGCCUCUGCCCUUCUUUUACUUAAGUGAGAAUUUGUAAUGGUGUUAGGCAACAGUUCUAGGGGCAGAAAACAACUCUGAAAGUGGUAGAAGGUCCUGGUCUUGGUGGUUACUCUUACAUUACUGUGGUGAGUGAAGCAGUGCCUACUGUGCUGUUUCAGUAGUGGAGCACAUCUCUACAGUUCUGCUGCGAUUUUUCUGAACAGUAGGAAAUUGGGACUCAACUCUUUGAAAACACCUAUAUUGAGCAGUUAUACCUGUUGAGCAGUUUACUUCAUGGUCAUAAUUACAUUUGUGUGAACAUGAUACUUUUUAAUGAGAUGACUUUUUUGCAUUUUAUCUACUGUGGCCUAAUUUUUAUUGAUUUCUCCCCCCCCAUUUAUAGGUGUGUUUUUCAUUUUUGUAAGUGAUAGAAUGCCCUAUUUGUUGAAUUUUAUCUUUAUUUAAAUUAGCAACAUUAUUUAGGAUUUAUUCUCCACAAUACUGAUAAUUUUCUAGGUUUGAUGACCUGAGAAUUGAAUGCCCAUGCUUUCUAUCAUAUUUCUAAGAUGAGUAGUAGUUUUUCCAGUAGGUUUUACAGAGACACCUUGAGUGCUGGCUAGGGGAGGCUUUUGGGGUUCCCACUGAUGUUGGUACAACCAGUGGCACUUUUAUUCUGUAUUGAAAUAUACUGCAUGAGAUUUCUUUUGGAAAGAGUUUCAUUGCUUUAAAAAGAAACUCAAAGUCUUUAUAACCACUGGUUGAGAUUAGAAAAUAUAACUGGAAUUAGGCCUACCUUCUGGAAUACCAUCGAUUGUGCUCUUUUCAUCCUACUUUAAAGAAGCCUUCCUGAUUAGAUUUAAGCUCUGCCAAUUAUACGAUUAUACCUUAUGAUAUACAUUCAGCCAGUAAACAUUUAUUGAUGCCUGUUGUUUGCCAGCCACUGUGAUAGAUACUGAAUAAUAAAAAGAUGACUAGAAUGGGGCCCUGACCCUUGAGCUGUGCUUGGUCUUGUAGAGGUUAUGUUUUUUUUCCUGGGGACCUGUCACUUUGCCAGAAGGAAAUCUAAUUUUCUUGAAAACGAGAUUUUCUUUGUAUGGUUUUACAAAUUGUUUAAUAUCUAUUUGUAUUUUUUUUUACCUUAAACCACAUUCAGUUUUGCUUGAUUCGUCUGUCUUUUGAACACUAUCAUGAUUUUUUUGUUAAAAUUAUUUUAAUUUCACUUUAUUUGUGCCUUUGUCAGUUUAAGACUAAGACUUAGAUGGUAAAACAAACAAACAUCAGUCUUAGACUCUUGCUAGUUGAAAUCAAAUAAAAGAGAAUAUAUACCCAGUUGGUUUCUCUACCUCUUCCAAAAGCUUCCCAUACAUACCUUUAAGAUCCUCUUUUUUCUUUUUUAACUACUAAAAACUUCAGCAUUUAUUCAGUAUUAAAUACCGUGUUGGUCUGAGGGUGGGGUAGGUUUAUGGUGGGAUAUAAACUAACACAAGACAAUCUUCGCUGUACUUAAAAUAUGUCUUCAUGUAGUCUUUCCUUUAAAAGCUGAACAUUCCAGUUUCCUAAUUUGCCCCCCUCCAUUCCAAGACCCUGUCCACCAAGUAUCUCUUUAGAUACCUAGUCUGUGAACCUGAACAAUGAAUGACUUUUUUUUCUUACCGAUCUAAGGCAUUGAUACUUGGACAUAUCAAACAUUUUCUUCCUUUUAUAUACUUUACUUUGCUAAAUCUAUUAUUUUCAUUAUCUGAAUUUUAUUCUUCCUCCCCUCCUGACAAUACAUAUCCAGGUGGUACUUGCUGGUUACCCUCUUUCUUGUUAGCCAUGUUUUUAUCUGCAUAUAUCAAAGUGUUUCCUUUGAAAUUACUAACAAAGGAACGUGCUUUUCAUACCUAGAGUCCUAAUUUCUUCAUUAUGAAGGUUGCUAUUCAAAUUGAUCAGUCACUUUAAUUUUACAAAUGGCUCAAAAAUUCUGUUUAGUAAAUGUCUUCGUGACAGGCAAAUGGCAUAAAUUUAAGAUUACGAACUUUUCUGACACUUCUAGCCAAUCUUUUCCCUACGAUGCCAGAUUUCCAUCUUGGGGCAUAUUGGAUUGUUGAAUUUAGGACAAUGGGGAGUAAUGAUACUGUGUGGUCUCCAGAGGUAGUCAGAAUCCUGCUACUGAGUUCUUUUUAUAUCUUCCUUUUCAGAUUUUUAUUACUAUUUUGUUUGUUUAGACUACACUUUGUAUGUGGGGAUUGAGGGGAAAUUAUCUCUUUGAGUGAAAUUCCUGUGUUUUGAGCCUUACAACCAGGAAAUAUGAGCUAUACUAGAUAGCCUCAUGAUAGCAUUUGUAAUAAGAACUUUCUCGUGCGUUUAUGUAAUUUUUUGAGUAGGAACUGUUUUAUCUUGGAUAUUAUAGCUAACUAUAUAUAGCAGAACUGCCUCAAUCUUUUUAGUAGGAAAUAAUGUGUGUGUAUGAAUUUAUAUGUGCAUAUACACUCAGAAAAACUAACAGUUGGGGUUAUUCUAACAGUGUUAAAACAGUUGUUCCAUUGUUUAAAUCUCAGAUCGCAGUAAAAUGUUCUUAAUUUGUCUGUAUACAUUUUUCUUUAAUGGACAGACCAUCAGAGUACAUUAAUUUUCUUAAUCUGCUAUUUGGCAGUUCAAUUAUUAUACCAUUUUUUGGCAACUUGGUAAUUAAGACAGCUAAAAUUUAUUAACAUCAAAGAAUGCUCUGUCAUAAACCCCUUUACUAAACUAUUCUACAUUCAGCAGACUCUGGGAUGUACUAACUUAGAGUUAAUUUUGUUGUUGAUAAUAUUAGAUUGCUCCCUCUUUAAUUCUCCCCUGGUGUACGGUUGCUGCUUAAGUUACCCUGGGAAGUACUACUUACAAAGUCAGAUUUUCCUGUAUCUGACAGCCUGAUGGAAGGUGGUUCGGCUCUGACUUUAUCUUUGCUAAACAUAAAUGGAUUUUCCAAGAUUCUCUGGGACAUCCUUGACCCACAGGUGAUCUCACUGGAAUGUAUUCACUUUAAUGCCAGUUGGUUCGGUGCCAUGAGAUCCAUAAUGGACCCAGAAUUUCACCAUUGCUUAGAUGUAUGAGUCUCUUGGAAGAAUAAUGCCACUGAUGAUAGGGAUCAGAAAGGUAUAUUAACUCAAUAUACAGGCUUUUAGAUGUUCAAAAAAUUUCAAGAAAAAUAUCAUUCGUUUACCCUCCAAAAAAGUAAGAGCUCUUAGUUUCUCCAAAAUAUGCUCUUUGAUUUACUUCUUAUUUUUAAUUAAAGAUGGUAAUUUAUUGAACAAUGAAAUCCAUAAUAUAUUGAUUUAAGGACAAAAGUGAAGUUUUAGAAUUUUAAAAAUACUUAAAUAUUAUAUAUUUCCCAUUUCGUAAUUGUUCUAUUUACUCUGUAGCUUUCAAGUUUGUAACUAUUUUAUAAUGUUAGUAGGUAACUUGCCAUAUUUCUGGUUCUAUAUUAAGUUUUACCCUUUAUAAUGCUGUUAUUAUAAAGUUGGUUUUCAGCAUUUGUCUGUAGCAAUAGAAUUUUACUAAGUCUGUUCUUCCAGUAAGGUUGUUCUUUUCUAAGUUCCUAAACAAAUAUUUGUUUGCCACUCUUACUAUUACCAAUCUUGGAUUGUUCAAGCUGAAAAAAAAAAUUGUGGUGAGAAACAAUAGGGUCCUUUUCUGGUGAAUAUAGGUUCCUGCUUUAAGACUGGAAAUCUGUUGCUUUAUACAACUAAUAUACACACAGAUUAAUUAAAAUUGUGAGAAAUACUUAACACAUAACAGGUAACAUGUCUGAGUUUUGAAUUUUUUUUUUUAAAACUCAGCUUUUUGACAAAAUGCACAACCCAAAUUGGUACUUUCUUAGACCAGUUUUACCUCAUGCCUCGUUCUUGCUUUUCCAACCCUGAUUUUAAAGGCAUACUUGUAUCUUUUUAUUAGUAAUAGUGAAGAUGUGACACUAACCAUUUUAUACAAAAGAGUAAAGAAAGGAAAACUACAGAGAUUAAGAUGAAAACAGUUCUACAGUUGUUGAAUUAGAUCACAGUAUGGUGGGCAGAAUAAAAAUGUUCAUAUCUGAGAUUAUUCCUUUUGCCACCUUUUCCCAAGGCCAGACCUCCUGGUGGAGAGCAUUUAAAAGUAACAUUGUGGGCCUUUCUUAUCAGAGGGCUGUCUCUCCAGCUGGCAGUUUUUGUUUUUGUUUUUGAGAAGAAGUUCUACUCUUGUUGCCCAGACUGGAGUACAGUGGUGUGAUCUUGGCUCACUGCAACGUCCACCUUCCCAGUUCAAGCAGUUCUCUUGUCUCAGUCUUCUGAGUAGUUGGGAUUAUAGGCAUGCGUCACCACACCUGGCUUAUUUUGCAUUUUUUUUUUUUUUAGUAGAGACAGGGUUUCACCAUGUUGGUCAGGCUGGUCUCGAACUCCUGACCUCAGGUGAUCGGUCUGCCUUGGCCUCCCAAAGUACUGGGAUUACAGGCGUGAGCUUUUAUACACUACUCACUAAUUUGCUUGAUUGCUACCAACUGUUUUUAAUGUUAACACCUUUAAAUAAGGUUGUUCUGGACUUCCUGGCCUUUUAGCAAGCUUGGAGGAACUAGCCAUUAGCUAGUGACAUAAAAGUAUUUUGGGAUCCCUUAAAGGUAGCUUUAUGCUUUUGAAAAUUCUUACCUUUUCUCUAGUGAUAAUAAGGAAGGAGUGAGUAGUGUUCUCAGGGUGACCAGUUGCCCUAGUGUUACCUGGGACUGAGGGUUUCCCUGGAUGUGGGACUUUUCAUUGCUAAACCCAAGCAAGUCCCAGGUACACCAGAAGGAGCUGACCACCUUAGGUGUUCUUGUGAUUUACCCUCACUUCCUUAUGUUGUCAUAGUUGCUUCUCAACUCAGCUGCACCAUGGCUGUCAACAUUACUGAUACUUACUGGGAUAUGUGUCCUCUAGUCUCUGACUACUGUGAAUAGAACAUGAGGUUUAUAACACAAGUAGCUGAAGGUACCAGCAUGGUGGUGAGACUCACACUUAGUAGUGAUCCAGCAAAGAUAAAUGAUGUUUUAAUGGAACACAAGGGGCCAACUACAUAGCUAAGUUCUUUUGAACCUAUGUGUAUAUGUAAGUACAAAUAAUGUGUCCUUACAGGGUUAAACUUCAUCUGAUAUUUAGAUUUUUCAUAGUAAAAGGAAACCAAUUGUGGUUGUGGAUUUCUUUUGUGAGGAAAUACAUGGCCUUUGAUGCUAUGGCCUCUUCUGCAUUUCCCAGUCUGUCCUGCUCAAGAAGCUACAAUGUGUUACUACAUUUCUCAGUGAAUGUUGUGUUGAAAUGACUAAAUGCAUCAGCCAAUGGCAAGUGAAGGAAUUGGGUGUCCUGAUGCAUACUGAGUAGUUGCAUUCAAUUCUUAAUAGCCUCCUACUUAUAUGGUGCUUACCAGCUAGAACACUGAGCACAUAAGGUGAGAUUUUUUUUUUCUCUCAUGGGAUUAACUUUGUAAUGCAAUAUGAUGGAUGCAGACCCUGUUGUUUCUCUCUGGUAGUCCUCAGUGGCUGCAUCCUUGGUGCACUGUGAUGGAGAUAUUAAAUGUGCUCUUUGUAAGCUUUCAUUCUAUGACUGUCAAAAAUAUGAUGUGGUUCCUUUUUUAUUUUUAUUAAACAAUGAGCUGAGGCUGUAUUACAGCUGGUUCAGUUAAAAUGGUUGAAUACUGAUGUCUUUUCCCCACCUACACCAAAUACUUUAUUUAAAGUACAAAAAAAAGUUCUGCUUAAGAAAACAUUGCUUACAUGUCCUGUGAUUUCUGGUCAAUUUUUAUAUCUAUUUGUGUGCAUCAUCUGUAUGUGCUUUCACUUUUUACGUUGUUUGAUCUUACCUAUGUUAACAGCACUGUCACUGUUGAAAGGUGGUCAGUUUUCCUAGAAUUAAAAGAAAGCCAUUUGAGUUGUU